UUGAACGAGUCUUUUGAGUGAACCGAUUCUAAAGAUUCGGUUCACUUAAAAGAACUGGAAUGCACAUCACUAGUUAUCAGUGCGUGUAAAAGCGCAACGAUUGUGUGACGUCAUAAAGUGCCGUUCGCCUCAAUCGCGAAUCUUGCUCAUCCUGCUAUCAGAAUGACAAAACAAGAUUGAGGACAAGGAAAAAAAACAAGGAUAAGAUGGAGGACCAAACGGGGAAGCAGGAGGAAACUGAAUUCCCCCGUAUUUACGUGGAAAGAACUUUGGCCAUUAUUAAGCCAAAUGCGAUUCACAAACGUGUGGAGAUUGAAGACAUCAUUUUGACAUCGGGCUUUACUAUUUUACAGAAGAGGAAACUUCAGUUGAGUCCAGAACAGUGCAGUGACUUCUACACGGAACAUCAUGGAAAACUAGCCUUUCCCAAACUCACAGCAUACAUGAGCUCCGGUCCAAUCAUUGCUUUGACUCUGGCUCGAGACAACGCCAUAGCCCACUGGAAGGCCAUCAUUGGACCAGCCAAGUUCACAGAAAGUCACCCAGAAUGCCUUCGAGCAAAGUAUGGUACGUCUGAGCUGGAAAACGCUCUUCAUGGCAGCGAGUCAUUUCAUGUGGCGGAGCGCGAGAUCAAAUUCAUGUUCCCAAACACUCUAACUGUUCCCACAAGAGAGGAAACAGAAGAAUACCUGAGUCGUUAUGUGAACCAAACUUUGCUACAAGGACUCACUGAGCUGUGCAAGCACAAACCACUCAACCCUUGUGUUUGGCUUGCUGAGUGGCUCAUCAAAAACAAUCCAAACAAACCUCAAAUAUGUGAUGGAACUGUUGUAGAAGAAGCAGAAUGACAUCAGGGAAAAAGAGCAAAGAAAAAAACACGAUAUUGCGAUCCAUCAAUAAUAUUUAAAGAGGAAAUGUUUGUCUUUGCAGUGUGUUCAAUGCAGUCCCUUUAGUACAGUGCUUCUCAAUUAUUUUCUGUUACGCCCCCCCCUAGCAAGAAGAAAACCAUUCGCGCCCCCUCCCCACCGUGACUAUCCUAACUUGUCUUGUAAGUCGUAAAAUGUUGCACUGUCGCAAACGUGACAGAAGUAAUGAGAGCGCCACUGCCCCCUGCUGUAGUAAACGCGCAAUUACACUUUAUUCUAGUACUGCCAAAAAAAAAGCCUGUUCCCCAGGGUCACACGCGCCCCCCCCCCAGGGGCUCACUAUUUGAGAAGCACUGGCCUAGGUGACUGAUUCACAAUUUGGUUUUGUCUGAUAUCAGAUAUUAAAUAUAGAAAACCAACUGGCUGAUUGAUUUGUUUUAAUUGAGAGGGAAAAAAAACAGCAAAAGCAUUUCACUAGCUGACCAGGAGAUGGCGACAGCGUGGCAUCUGAAGACCAUGGAUUGUUUGUUCUGCUAUAGCCUAGGUGACUGAUUCACAAUUUGGUUUUGUCUGAUAUCAGAUAUUAAAUAAAGAAAGCCAACUGGCUGAUUGAUUUGUUUUAAUUGAGAGGGAAAAAAAACAGCAAAAGCAUUUCACUAGCUGACCAGGAGAUGGCGACAGUGUGGCAUCUGAAGACCAUGGAUUGUUUGUUCUGCUGGAUUGUUUGUUCUGCUAUAGCCUAUGUG